AACCAUCCCAGAGCCAUGAACACAGGCAGCUCCUUUGCAAAGGAAGCCAUGGAGGCUAAAGGCAAAUCAGAAGAGAAAUGCAAGGCCUUCAUGGACAUUUGCAAAUACUUCUCCGAGGAAGAGUGGGCAAAGCUGGGAAACUCAGAGAAAAUCACCCAUGUGUACAUGAAGAGAAACUACGACACCAUGACUCAUCUAGGUCUCAGGGCCAACCUCCCAGAUUUCAUGCGCCCUAAGAAACAGACCACAAAGUCUCCUGAGCAUGAUCCCGAUGAAGGUCAGAACCACGGGAAUCAGGGAUCAGGGAAAAAGAAGACUAAUGUAUGGCUCCACAGGCUGAGGGAAAGAAGGAACCCCAUCGUGUAUGAAGAGAUCAGUGACCCCGAAGAAGAUGACUAUGUAAGUGACCUUUCACACUAG